ACCACCAAUCACAAAAUGGGAUAGAGGGCAUGUGAUUAAACUCCCGCGAAAGUUGGCCAAAAAAAUGCCAGCUGACCGGGGGAGAUUGUAAACAACCGGGUUGGCCAAAAUGCAGUGCUGAUGUAGUCUACUAAAAAGUAAAACAAAGGGCUUGGGGAUAUGGAAAAAUGAAACCACCCGUAAUAACUAGAAAAUAGUUUGCUUCGUCGCAUAUUUACUCAGCUGCAUGUUAAAAUGGAUAAUUUUCAGAAGAUUGAGAAGAUCGGUGAAGGAACGUAUGGAGUCGUUUACAAAGCGAGAGACCGAGAAUCCGGAAAAAUGGUUGCACUGAAGAAAAUCAGACUUGAUACGGAAUCUGAAGGAGUUCCAAGCACAGCGAUCCGGGAGAUUGCACUCCUCAAGGAGCUUGAUCAUUCAAAUGUUGUCAGAUUACAAGAUGUAGUUCACAAUGAUAAGAAACUGUACCUCGUGUUUGAGUUUCUUGAUCAAGACCUGAAGAAGUUUAUGGACAGCUCUACGCUAGGCUUACCCAUGCCCCUAAUAAAGAGUUACCUUCAUCAGCUUCUGAAAGGCGUAGCGUAUUGCCACUCACACCGAGUCAUCCACAGGGACUUGAAGCCCCAAAAUCUCCUCAUCGACAAACAUGGUAGCAUCAAAUUGGCGGAUUUUGGACUUGCGAGGGCAUUUGGGGUACCCCUUAGGACAUACACACACGAGGUUGUCACGUUAUGGUAUAGGGCAGCUGAGAUUCUGCUAGGAUGCAGGUUUUAUCUUCCAGCAGUUGACGUUUGGAGCAUAGGCUGUAUUUUUGUUGAAAUGAUAACAAGAAGGGCAUUGUUCCCUGGAGACUCCGAGAUCGAUCAACUCUUCCGCAUCUUCCGUACCCUAGGCACACCAGACGACACUGUGUAUCCUGGCGUCACCAAGCUCCCAGAUUACAAGUCAACGUUUCCUAAGUGGAGAAAACAAGACCUGGGUAAAGUUGUCCCCGUUUUGGACAGCGAAGGGAAAGACCUAUUACAGAAAAUGCUGUGCUACAAUCCUGACCACAGAGUAUCAGCAAAGGCUGCCUUGAGCCAUCCCUUCUUCAAUGAUGUACAGCUGAUCAAACCUCAAAACAUGGAUUCCUGAUGGACAAAUGCUCUCCACCAAUCAGUCUGGUACACGGAUGAUGUGUCCUCAGACCUACGUAUUCUAUCCCUGGUUGUGUGGAUAUGUGUACUAUAUGGAACUGAAAGGGUCACUUGCUGAACCAAGUACUGCAAACGGUUAAUCUUUGGCAGAUUUGGUUGUCAGAUCGUCGAGAUGUAAAUGAAGUACAAAAAUGCCGACCCGUCUAUGUCAAGCAAGGACAAGAUACAUAUGUACCAACUGAUAGAAGUGCUGUGAGGAGGCUAUACAGGAAUUUGGGGAGACCAAAUUUUAAUCAUUUAGCCCUCCGUAUGGAUGUUAUUUAUUCCCGGUACUAUUCAUUGUGUACUCUCCAUUUGAAACACAGAAACAAUUAUGAGGAAGAAACCGGGCCAUUCCAUAGCUGUGUGAGCCAUGACUCGAAGUCUCAUACAGCAGCUGACCCUUAAUUUUCCCACACUUAUGGAAAACAAAAAUGUCUGCUACAAGGCAAGCACAGUUUAGGUUCACGUUUUGUUUGAUUAAAAAAAGAAAGCUCAGAAAGAGGAAUUCAUUUGAAUCUCCUCAAAUUGUGGAAAAUAUGUAUGAACCCACCAAUCCAGGCACGUUAUUCUGUCACGAAGACCCCUUCAAAGGCAAAGGCAUUGUGUAGCUAUUGUUAAGAUAAUUUGUCAUUGGGGCAGUAGCUUUGCAUAAUAGCGUGCACAAUGGUUUCACCAUUGAAGGGGGCCUCAUUUGUGUACAGACAAUGAUCACGUGCCUGGAUUCCUCUGUAGUAUAAUAUCUUACUUUGGAUCUGUCGACCAAGUAGUUGUCUUUUGUCUUUACAUGAGUAUAGCAAAGCAGAAUUAGUGGGAGGAAGAACAGUGCACAGUGUGCAAAAUGAUGUUCUCAUUUGGUCAGUCAUUGAAAUGUGGAAAACGUGACACACCCCAAGACUUUAGUGCCUUUUAUGAAAUUCUUUAGCGUGUUUUGAUUCACUUUAUGAAGGUUUUAAUAUUAAUUUUGUUUUAAUGUAUUUAUUUAUUUGAUUUUUUAAUUUGGGAGGGGAGGGAGGCUUGGGUUAUUCUUUCAAUUUUUUGUUUUUUGAUUUUAAAAUCAUUUGGUCUGAAUUCCAGGUGUUUUCAUUAAUUUUAGAUUUGAUGAAAAUCAUCCCGUGAACUUAGUGGUUUUUUUUUAUUUGUAUGUAGUCGUACUGCUCAUUACCUUGAUUAAGUACUUUCAAAUAAUGUGUUUGAUGCAAGUCCCAGCUUGUAUGAGCAGUAAAAACACUGUCUAGAUGUGUUUAUGAGUUUGCUGCUUGUUUUAUGCAUGUUUGUGCAUACUCAAUUUAUUCCAUCGAUUGAGCCGUGUAUGUUUUCCUGUGAACUCUAUGUGGACGUCAAGGUCAGAUCAUAUGGCUCUUGUAUUUGGACAUGCAUAAUUAAGCUUGCCUGACAAAGGAUUGGCUCGUUUCCAGAAUGUUUCUCACUAUAACCAUCUGGUUUUAAUGAUUCCAUUUUUUAAUAAAAUCAGAAUGAUGCCUGAAUAAAUAGAAUUCUACACACGGUGCAAGUCAUUUAGCUGCAUUGCCAAUCUCUGCACAUAUGACUAUAUGCAAUAACUUAUGUUGAGGAGUUGUUUAAAGGCAUUUUCAGACUCCAAGUGCAAAUUUUAGGGGUAAAUGAGUGUUUAAAGAAAGUCUAAACAGUCUUUAUCCUUCAAUUUUAAUAUGAUUGUUCACACACCUUAGGGAGUUGGGGUUAACAAAACCACUGCUUACAUUUUGUGUCGUUUCAGUAGGUGUUCUAGGUCAAGGGUCAGCCAAAGACCUCUUCA